AUGGCAUUCUUGCUUCGGCUCAACCAUGAAAAUAACAAGUUGUCCGUCACGGGUCGCGAAAUGCGCCGUCGUGUCAUGUGGUCUAUCUUCAUCUUAGAGAGACGGCUUGCCGGUGGGCAGUUGGACUUGAUAUCAUGCCGCAAAGAUUUGAUGCAUAUUCAACUUCCGUCCUGUGAGAGAGAUUUCGAGCUAGGAAUCUACGGUAGAACGGGUACUCUAUUCCCAAAAGGCGUUGAUGAAGAAACCUCGAGCAUGGGGACCAGAGCAUGUUUUUGCAGACUCUCAAGCAUUCGACAUGAAAUUCUCCAGUAUGUCAAUCUCCAAAAAUACGCUUUCCAGAUUCUGAUCCUUGUCAGAUAUACGAGAACGGUCAUCUCAGAAGGUACUGCGGCACAUGACUCUCGUGCUGAGCUUCUUCGGCUGGAACAAGAAUUAAUGAAUUUGAGAAACUCACAGCCCGAAUCAAUGCAGCUAACUCAGCGAAAUAUGAGCUUCCGCGCAUACUCUCCACACAUGCGACGAUAUCUGAUGCUACAUUCCAUGUGGCAUCAGUGCUAUUGUGACUUAUACAGAUUCAUGAUUCCAGGGCUGCGGGACUCAUUAUCCGAGGAAGCUUUCAAGAAGACUUCGCCCGAGUACAUAGCUUAUUGCCAAGCAGAAGUGAUCAAACACGCAAGAGCUCUUGUUGAUCUGUUUCGGAUGGCCCAGAGCGUUGGCGACGGAACACCGCAAGACCCUGGCAUCAAUGUUUGUCUUUAUCAGUGCGCGAGAAUCAUCAUCCGAGCUUUUGAUCUCGGACUUCUCGGAUCCUUUUCUACAGCAUUGGAGGUUUUGUUUCAGCUCAAAGAUGCCGCAAAGAUAAUGAUACCUAUAAUUGCCGUGAAGAAUUCUAUUGGCCAACUGUAUCACCAGAUUCAAAAAAUGAUUGGUCUCGCAGUUCAAAGAGCUUCAGGUUCUGAUUUGAUGACGCAAGCAUUGGAGACAGAACAGACACAUGAUGCCAAUGUGCUUGAUAUCCUAGCGCGCAUUCGUCAAAGCGACAUUGAAACGGGAGAGGAAGUGCUCCAGGAUUAUCCUGCAAGCCCCGCUGCUACUCCAUCUCUCAACUGUGAUUUGGCACCAGAGACGGCAGCAAAUGAUAGUAACAAGAGACCUAUAUCGGAGGAACCUCUGGGGAAUCCUGGAUUUGUCGAACCUUCUUGGUAUACUGGAUUCGAGAAUGAAAAUUUAUUCAGUUCCUUGGGCAACACGUUCAGUGGAUUUGAAGAUUCUUUCAUUGACUUCGAAUAUCAGGAUAUUGACCAGUGCUAUAGUGAGCAAUAA